UAGUUUCGUUUCUCGAAUAGCCUCGCCCUGAGGAGAUUUAGCUCAGGCUCACACACACAAGAGCUCAUUGCGGGAGAAGAUGGGUCUGUUGACGACGAUAAUAGUAGCUGGCGUCGGAGGAGUGGGUGCAGUGGCUGCGGCUCCGCUGGUUCUGGGGGCGGUGGGCUUCACCAGUGCCGGGAUCGCCGUGGGCUCGUACGCCGCCUCGAUGAUGAGCGCGGCCGCAGUGGCGAACGGAGGAGGAGUCGCUGCCGGGUCAAUGGUUGCAGUCCUUCAAGCCGCUGGUGCCGCUGGGAUCCCGGUUGUGGCUCAGGCGGCUGUGGGCGCGACAGGGGCCGGUGUGGGGGCAGUUCUGGGCGUCCUCAUCUGAGCCGAGUCACUAGAACAUUCUGGUCAAUAUACAAAUAAAAUGAUCUUCAUUAUCACACAGUC